ACACAGACACACACCAGUGGCGACAGGGGAGAGUUGGAAAGACGCAGGAGAGAAGCAGGAGGCAGGAGGCAGUGGGGAGGGAGCAAUGGGAGCGGGAAGCAGGCAGGUUCCCUCGCAAAUCCCCCUCCGGCCCCACGUCGCUUCGCCGGCCCCGGCAGGGGAGCGAAGAGCCGGGCUAGCAGAUGGAGGAGUGGAGCUCGCUCUAGGCAGCGGGCUUGGCCGGAGAAUGGAGGAGCCGCCAAGCGACCGGCUGAUUGGAAGAGAAACGCAGAGCGAUGGAGGCGGGGGUAGGAGGACGAUUUCUCUGCGGGGACUGGCGGCGGCGUAUACGCCCGGGUCGGGCGCUGCAGAGCUUGGCUAGCUUUCAACCCGCGCUCGCCGGCUCCAGCCCCGCGCGCCCCCACCCCCAGCCCUCCCGGCGGCUCCGCAGGGUGAGGUGGUUUUGACCGCGGGUUGCCCGGCCAGCACGACCCGAGGAGGUGGCUGGAGGAGGUGGCUGGACGGCUGAAGAAUGAACGGAGAAGCUGACUGCCCCACAGACCUGGAAAUGGCCGCCCCCAAAGGCCAAGACCGCUGGUCUCAGGAAGACAUGCUGACUUUGCUGGAAUGCAUGAAGAACAACCUUCCAUCCAACGACAGCUCCAAGUUCAAAACCACCGAGUCACAUAUGGACUGGGAAAAAGUAGCAUUUAAAGACUUUUCUGGAGAUAUGUGCAAGCUCAAAUGGGUGGAGAUUUCUAAUGAGGUGAGGAAGUUCCGUACGUUGACAGAAUUGAUCCUUGAUGCUCAGGAACACGUUAAAAAUCCUUACAAAGGCAAAAAACUCAAGAAACACCCGGACUUCCCAAAGAAGCCCCUGACCCCUUAUUUCCGCUUCUUCAUGGAGAAGCGGGCCAAGUAUGCGAAACUCCACCCUGAGAUGAGCAACCUGGACCUGACCAAGAUUUUGUCCAAGAAAUACAAGGAGCUGCCGGAGAAGAAGAAGAUGAAAUAUAUUCAGGACUUCCAGAGAGAAAAACAGGAGUUCGAGCGAAACCUGGCCCGGUUCAGGGAGGAUCACCCUGACCUAAUCCAGAAUGCCAAGAAGUCGGACAUCCCCGAGAAGCCCAAAACCCCCCAGCAGCUGUGGUACACCCAUGAGAAGAAGGUGUAUCUCAAAGUGCGGCCAGAUGCCACUACGAAGGAGGUGAAGGACUCCCUGGGGAAGCAGUGGUCUCAGCUCUCGGACAAAAAGAGGCUGAAAUGGAUUCAUAAGGCCCUGGAGCAGCGGAAGGAGUACGAGGAGAUUAUGCGUGACUAUAUCCAGAAGCACCCCGAGCUGAACAUCAGUGAGGAGGGCAUCACCAAGUCCACCCUCACCAAGGCCGAACGCCAGCUCAAGGACAAGUUUGACGGGCGACCCACCAAGCCACCUCCGAACAGCUACUCGCUGUACUGCGCGGAGUUGAUGGCCAACAUGAAGGACGUGCCCAGCACUGAGCGAAUGGUGUUGUGCAGCCAGCAGUGGAAGCUGCUCUCCCAGAAGGAGAAGGAUGCCUAUCACAAGAAGUGUGACCAGAAAAAGAAAGAUUAUGAAGUGGAGCUGCUCCGUUUUCUAGAGAGCCUUCCUGAGGAGGAACAGCAGCGGGUCCUGGGGGAGGAGAAGAUGUUAAGCAUCAACAAGAAGCAGGCCACCAGCCCAGCCUCCAAGAAGCCCUCCCAGGAAGGGGGCAAGGGAGGCUCAGAGAAGCCCAAGCGGCCCGUGUCGGCCAUGUUCAUCUUCUCUGAAGAAAAGCGGCGGCAGCUGCAAGAGGAACGGCCCGAGCUCUCGGAGAGCGAGCUGACCCGGCUUCUGGCCCGCAUGUGGAACGACUUGUCGGAAAAGAAGAAGGCCAAGUACAAGGCCCGGGAGGCUGCGCUGAAGGCCCAGUCGGAGAGGAAGCCAGGCGGGGACCGCGAGGAACGGGGCAAGCUGCCUGAGUCGCCCAAGAGAGCUGAGGAGAUCUGGCAACAGAGCGUCAUCGGGGACUACCUGGCCCGCUUCAAGAAUGACCGGGUAAAGGCCUUGAAAGCCAUGGAGAUGACCUGGAACAACAUGGAGAAGAAGGAGAAACUGAUGUGGAUUAAGAAGGCAGCCGAAGACCAAAAGCGAUACGAGAGAGAGCUGAGCGAGAUGCGGGCACCCCCAGCUGCCGCGAACUCGUCCAAAAAGAUGAAGUUCCAAGGAGAGCCCAAGAAGCCUCCCAUGAACGGUUACCAGAAGUUCUCCCAGGAGCUGCUGUCCAACGGGGAGCUGAACCACCUGCCGCUGAAGGAGCGCAUGGUCGAGAUUGGCAGCCGCUGGCAGCGCAUCUCCCAGAGCCAGAAGGAGCACUACAAAAAGUUGGCAGAGGAGCAGCAGAAGCAGUACAAAGUACACCUGGACCUCUGGGUCAAGAGUCUGUCUCCCCAGGACCGUGCAGCAUAUAAAGAGUACAUCUCCAAUAAACGUAAGAGCAUGACCAAGCUGCGAGGCCCGAACCCCAAGUCCAGCCGGACCGCCUUGCAGUCCAAGUCGGAGUCUGAGGAGGACGAGGAUGAGGACGAGGACGACGAGGACGAGGAUGAAGAGGAGGAGGAGGAUGAGAACGGGGACUCCUCUGAGGACGGCGGGGACUCCUCCGAGUCCAGCAGCGAGGAUGAGAGCGAGGACGGAGACGAGAACGAGGAGGAUGAUGAGGACGAGGACGACGACGAGGAUGACGACGAGGACGAGGACAACGAGUCUGAGGGCAGCAGCUCCAGUUCCUCCUCGUCGGGAGACUCCUCGGACUCUGACUCCAACUGAGGCUCAGCCCCACCCGGGGCUCCCCUCCCCAGCCAACCACCUUUGUUUCUCCCCCAUGUUCUAUCCCCCACUCCCUGGCCUCCCCCACUUUCUUUUUCUUUUUUCUUUUUCUUUUCUUUUUUUUUUUUUUUAAACAAAAUACGGUGGGGGAGGGGCUGGAGGAGCCCAGGCCAGGACUCUGCUGCCUCAGAGACAUCAGCCCUGGGGGGCCCUCCAGGGAACGCAACCAUCAGACUGAGCCACCACUGGACCGGGCCGGCCCACCCCUCUUCUGCACUUGCGGCUCCGUCAUGGACAAUGGACCUGGGAGUGGGGUGGGGGGGUCCCAAAGAGUUCGGUGAGGCCCUCUACACCUGCAGCCCAACCCAUGGGAGGGUGGAAGCUUGGGGAAGACCCCUCCCUUCCCAGAGGGGCUUGCCGACUGGACCCCUACAUUGGAACUGGAGGCAGGGAACAGGUGGGGAGAGGAGGGUGGGUGCCUAAGAGCAAACAGGCACUGCCCCAUAGCCCUCUCCCCUGCCCUCUGCAGGAAGGAGCUGCCUGGACCCACUCAUGGGGGGAGGGGGCAGAAGUGUUUUUUAUAUAUGUGUAUAUAUUUUUUUUUUUAAGCUCUGAGCUGUCAACGAGACGUUUCCUACCGAUCUCGGCUGCCGUCUCUGUUGUCAUUUCUGGGAGAGGGUGGGUUUAGGGGGGUAGGUUUGGGACUUUUUUAAAACGGUCUUGGCACGAAUGGAAAAGUGUGCGUGCGUGUGUGUGUGUGUGUGUCGCCUGUACAUAGCAUGGGUGCACCUGUGGAUGUGUGCAAAGGCACGUGUGAGUGUGUGUGUGGAAGAGAGAAGGGGGAGCCCACUUCAGUCUGUGAAUCUGGUUGAAUGGGUUGGUGAGGCCCAGGGAGACGUUGAUCCUGGUGGGAACAGGCUGGGUCAGCCCCUUUCUCCACAUCCUCUGCUUUGCCUAAUCUCUGAUUCAAUUUGGUGGUGGGGGGGGGGGGUUACUGAAGCCACUCUGAUGCUUCCUGUACCUGCUUCCCUCUGCCAGGGCCACAGGGCUCUGAGCUGCUGCUGGUCUCCAGCAGGGCACCGGGGAGAGGGACAGAUUGGGUGGACCCGAGAGCUUCUACUUGGUGGGAAAAGCCUUUCCAGUUCAUCUGAGAGGUUGCCUGGCCACCUGAGGCUCAGAAAUUGGGCUUCAAGCUCUUAACACACAUCCCUCCUCCCUGUCCCUCUCUCUUCCAGCUCCCUACCCCCAUUCCCUAUGAUUUCUCAGGUCUGCUCCCUUCCCCACCCCUCCAAACCCCCAGCUGGGGAAGGGGUCUGCAAAGGCUGCUUUUGCGGCUGUCCCUUUAACCCUUCCUGGCCAUCUCAAAAUUUGGGGUACCCUGAUUCCUAGAACCUUAGUAAGCCAAGCCACCUGGUCUCUGUGGAUUUAAAUUUUUUAAUUUUUGAUUACAUUUUGGCGCCUUUUUUUUCUCUCCUUAUAAUCAUGUCAAUGACCUAUUUAAUUGGGGCUUUGUGCUUUUCUGCCUUCUGCCCCUGAAUGAAAGUCAAGUGAUGGGGGAAGAGUGGGAAUUCUACCCAGGAGGUGGAAUGGGAAAGGUGGGUCCCGCUCCCAAAGGAAGGCAGACAAUCUGCUUUGCCUUGGACAUGGUGCUGGGGUUGGGGGAAUUGGGGGGGUGGGGGGGACACUCCCCGCUCCCACUCCCCUUCCUUUGUCCUGACCCUGACGCAGGGGUUCAUAGGUUCUAUUUCUUCCCAGGAGCCCCUGCAAAGAACCCCAUUUCCCUGUUUGAAUGCCCCUGCGCUGUUGUGUUUUAGUGGAAUGUGUUUUCAUUUAAAAACAACUUUGAAUGGGGCGCUUUUUUUUUCCUGUUUUAAAAAUUGAAAAAU